CUCCGGGACGCUGUUCAUGCACACUCACCGAGUCUCUGCUGUCACUGUGGCCGUCUUUAAACUCACAUGCUGUUUGUCGACCGCCCGGUAACGGAGCAUAUGCUGCCAUGAGUGCUUUGUGUCGCCUGAUUCAGAGAGGACUGCCGAGCGGCCGGCCGUCGUGUCGUUUAUUGCCCGGACAGCAGCUUGCCUGCGGGGUGGCUCCAACGGUCCGGACCGCCAGCUCAUCCAGCCCAGUCAACUUGACCUAUGAUGUCUUUGAUGGGAAGGGAGAGAGCACUCCCCUGGUAUUUCUUCAUGGCCUUUUUGGCAGCAAAUCUAACUUCCACUCAAUAGCGAAGUCCUUGGUGCAGCGCACAGGCCGAAAGGUGCUGACUGUAGAUGCCCGUAACCAUGGCAACAGCCCUCACAGCUCGGUGCUGACCUAUGAAGCAAUGACCAGUGAUUUGAAACACCUCCUCGCUCAGCUGCGCAUCGAGAAAUGCGUCCUCAUCGGUCACAGCAUGGGAGGGAAAACGGCCAUGACGACUGCUCUGACACAGCCGGGUUUAGUGGAGAGGUUGGUGGUGGUGGACAUCAGUCCAGCCCAAACCACCACACGCACCAACUUCCGUUAUUACAUCCAGGCCAUGCAGGACAUGAAGAUCUCCAGUGACAUCCCACGGUCCACAGCCAGGCGGAUGGCUGAGGAUCAGCUGCGUGGUUUGGUCAAGGAGCACUCGGUGCGUCAGUUCCUUCUGACUAACCUUGUGGAGCAGAACGGACACUAUGCUUGGAGGGUCAACUUGGAGGCCAUCUCGGCGCACCUUGAUGACAUCAUGAGUUUCCCCAACUUUAACACCAUCUAUGAGGGACCUACACUGUUUUUGGGCGGAGCCAGUUCUGCUUAUAUCAGUUCUGAGGAUUACCCAGAAAUCCAGCGGCUGUUCCCUAAUGCUGACAUCCAGUACAUCCCAGAUGCAAGCCAUUGGAUUCACGCAGAUAAACCCUUAGAUUUCAUAAGCUCCAUCAUCUCCUUCCUUCAGUCCUAGCUGCCUCCUCUCUUCACCUCAGAACUUUUUUAUGCUCAGCACCUCUGAGCGUCCGCUCGCAGCAAAUGAAGGUGAGUUUUCAGCAGCUUCAGCAAGAGUGAGUGGAGUCAUUAAUGAUGCUAAUAUUUGCAAACACUGGACCAAACUCGCCCUUUUACAGCAGUCAGUUCUUACCUUUUAACAGUGUCAAAUUUAGUGUAGUGUAGUAAAACUUUUCUUUUGUUUAGUCUCUGCCACACAGGUAGUGUUACUUGAUUGGCUGGUUUGUAGAUGUGUUUUCAUUGAUUUUUAGAUCAGCAGGUGGGCAAUAGCAAUGAAAAUAACACAUAAUUUAACAUAAUGGGGCUGUUUUGGAGGUGAUAUACUAAUCCAAAGAAACUCUCAUUUGCACAGUGUUUUCUUUAUGUUUACGCAUUUAUGCCAGUACAAUAGAAAAGUGGAUUUAGGCCAAGUACAAUCUGGGGACCGCUGAAGUGAACCAGCAGUAAGAUAGUUGGAUGUCAAAGUUUUGACAUCACUGGAAUGAAACAAAUGCUGUUUAUCUGAGAAGCUCUUCUUGGAGAGAAAUGAAGAUUGUGCAAAGCAAAAAUAGUAUCUUUGCACAGUGGAGUUUGGGAUCAUGUGUCAGGAGGUUCUAGCUCUGCAAAGAGGCUGUAAUGCUGAGUUAAUGUGUACAGAUGGUUUGUUGUCGAAAUUUAAUAAUAACGAUAUAUUCAGUAGUUUGGUCUGGAAUUUUAAUUUUCCCAUCUUCUCCUCUGUGUAAUCCGCUAUAUGUCGGAGAUGAGAAUUUACAGUUCAGCUACUCUGUGACAACUCGAGCUCAUCGAGAGCACUGAUUAUAUUUUUAUGCUAACAUACUCGUCUAUGAAACUCGAGCUGAAAUGCUCAAAAGCAGUAUUGUCACAAUCUGUUUCCUGAAUGUCUCAGGUUACAACUGGAUAUGCUAGUUAUUAUACUCUUAUUCUAUUCUUCUGUUUGUCUGACAAUAAGCCGUGGUUGUUGUGUCUUUGUGUUUGAUCAGUCCAAUCAGUGUUUUGAUGAAACAUGUUUUACUGAUUUUAUUAUCUGUAUCUCGAUCUUUACAACUAAGACGCAAGACUAUAUGGGUAUCUCACAAAUAUAUGCUGCAAUGUACCUUGUCAUCUAACCGUAAUAGUGUUAAUGUCAUUUCUGUUUCCAUGGGUUUAAACAGUACAGUCCAGUAGUGAAACUGCCAUCUGUAUGAAUAAGCAGGGUGUUGUAAAUGUGGAUGUGCCUCUUUUAUCGAGAGCUCCUUUUCCAUUUCUGUAAAACUUGAUAAAAACAUUUUAUUCUACAUUGAUAACUAGCAGAUUUUAGAUUGGCAGCUGGGUUGCCAGUUUUGUGUGAGUUUUUUCACAAGAAAGCUUAACACAUGAGGGUGUAUCCCUUUAUUACACUAGAUGUUUGCUACAAUCAGUGUUUUAUGUUUGUUUAAUGUGAAUAUGGAAGUCUGAAAGGCUUUAAAUUAUCUGAAUUAAGUUGAGUGAAACUCUCCUUAUUUAAUUCUUUUUAUAAAGUUGAUGGAGAGACACCCCUUCGUCCCUCUCAACCACAGCACAGAUAUGUCUUGUUGCACAGUAUGAAUCGAUUGUUGGGGUGUUGGGUAGUUCUGACAUUUGAAUGCAGGUCCUGCUUUAGCUUCUUUAGUAUUACAGUGGAACAAGAGUGUCAAAGGGGAACUCCGUCAACAAUAUAGAAAAGUGAGUUUAUUCAGUAACAUUGAAUAGUGGUCUAAAGACUGUAAUCAUCUGUGCAGGAUUGUAUAUUGUUUCACUGUGAGCAUGCCGUUUCUCGUCAUCAGAUGUGAUUUUGCUGUGCUAUAUACAUCUCAGUUUGUUGAACAUUCUAAAUAACAGCAUAUAUAAAUUUUAAAUGUGUGCAAGAUGCAUAUAGGAGUGGAUUAUAGUUGAAAAUGUACAAACUGAUAUUAUACAAUAAAAUAGUAAAAGUCU